AUGGAUACCAGUUUUGAAAGUGCCGGAAUCACCUCGGAUUUAAGCAAAUACUUGUGCGUUAUAAGCUGCUUGGAUGAGAAAUAUAUAAGAGAAGUGCAAAACGUGUUAAGUAACCCACCAGCAUUUUGUAAAUACGAAAAUUUGAAAAAUGUUUUAAUUGAAUUAUCAUGUAAGAAGACACGGGAGUUGCUCAGUCGUGAAGAGAUGGGUGACCGCGCGCCAUCGAAAUUUUUAUGUCAUCUGAGAGAGUUGGCCGGAACUCAGCUGCCGGAAGAUUUCAUCAAGAGGGUCUGGAUGGAACGGUUACCUUCUAAUGUACGUGCCAUUAUAGCUGAACUAGAGAACGUCGAAUUGGACCAGCUGGCAAAAACAGCAGAUGCGAUUGUUGCACAAGGGACGCAACAUCAGAAAGCAAUGGAAGAAACGUUGCCCACAGCACAAAUGAUGUUAGAGAUAUCGAGAGUAUUGGAUAACCUUACAACGAGAAUUGAGGCGGUUGAAAUUUCGAGUAGAUCAGCUGUAAUUAGAGGACGACCUGUCGAUCAUAGCUUUAGUCCGAGAUCACGACCACGUUCACGUCCACGACAUGAUUUAUGCUGGUAUCACUAUAACUUCGGUCCAAACGCGCAUGAUUGUAGAUAUCCGUGCAACUACCUGAAGGGAAAGGACGACGGUAGUCUGUAG